AUGUUAUUUCUUUCUUUUUUCUUUUUUUCUUUCUUUUGUUUUUUUCUUUCUUUCUUUAUCAGCUUCUUCAGAUAUAUCGCUAUCUCUGUAUUUAGCUAUCAUAGUCUGUUUUAUCUAUCUAUCUAUCUAUCUAUCUAUCCACUACUGUUGAAAUUACUUCUUUGUAUUAUACGACAUUUUUCUUUCUCUCUCUUUCUUUCUUUCUUUCUAUUUAGCCGCUAUUUUUCUUAUACUUCUUCUUUCUUUCUUUCUUUCUUUCUUUCUUUCUUUCUUUCUUUAUUUCAAGCAUACUCAGUCUGUUCAUAUCGAUGUGUGUCCAUUAUCUAUCUAUCUAUCUAUAAAAAUUUGCUCAUAUCUAUUUAUCAAAAUCUGCUCAUAUCUAAAUCUAUCUAUCUAUCUAUCUAUUCUGUUCAUAUCUAUCUAUCUAUCUAUCUAUCUAUCUAUCUAUCUAUCUAUCUAUCUAUCUAUCUAUGCAGGCAAGCUAAAGAUGAAUGGCUGAACGAAAAAGUUUCUUUUUCUAAACUAUUCAUGACAUUAUCUACUAUAACCUACACGAGUCUCUUUAUCAAUGGACGCCUAUCGUCCCAUCGUCCCUUCCUUUCUACUCAUCCCACCCUCCAAUCUCCCUCAUGCUCUCACUUCUCCCUCUCAUUCAAUCUUUCUCUCUUUCAAUCUUUCCUCUCACCCUCUCCUGACUCUCAUUCCAUGCUCUUAUUUCUUCCUCUCCUCCCAUCCUUUCUUUUCGCCCUCUCAUCCUUCUACGUUCUCCUUCUCACCCAUCUUCCCAUUUCCUUCCCUUCCAAUCUCUCAUUUCUCCCUCUCAUUCAACCCUUCCCUCACUCCCUCUCAUCCUUCCACAUUCUAAUCUCAUCCUCCCAUCUCUCUCAAUCUAUUCUCUCAUUGCUCCCUCUCAUCCAAUCCUUCCCUCUCUUCCUCUCAUCGCUACACACUCUCCUUCUCAUGCCAUCCUCCCUCCCUCUCAUUCCAUUUUUUUUAUUUCUCCCUCUCACCCAGCCUUUCCCACUCUCCUUCCCAUCCCCUCCUCACAUCUCUCUCUCAAUCCAUUCUCUCAUUGCUCCCUCUCAUACAACUCUUCACUCUCUCCCUCUCGUCGUUACACACUCUCCUUUUCAUCCCAUCCUCCCAUCUCCCUUUCAUUGCUUUCUCUCAUUUUUCUCUUUCAUCCAACCCUCUCCUCAUCCCAUCCUCACAUCUCCCUCUCAUUCCGAUUUCUCAUUUCUCUCUUUCAUCGCACCCUUUCCUCUCCCUCUCAUUCUUCUACCCUCUCCUUCUCAUCCCAUCUCAUUUCAUUCUCUAAUUUCCCCCUCUCAUCCAACCCUUACCUCUCUUCCUCUCAUGUCAAUGCCCACUCUCAUCCAUCAUUCUUUCUCCCUCAUCCUAUACUUCUCCCGGACUGCUCUGUCGAUGGUAUGA